AAAUGUUGUUGUUUGGAAUGUGUUAGGGAUAAAUCUAAUCUUGAUAAAUUUUGCACACACAGAGAGGCCCACAAACAGUUAGUUAGUAGAUGACCAUCAGACUGAUAAACAACACAUCUUGUUUUGAUCUUCUCGUUUUUCAUUCUCACUGUGAGAAAAUAGCUUUUUUUAAAUUGUUCUCUUUCACAACUGCAGAAUUAAAGGGGAGGGAUGGACGGCGGGUGGGGAUGGAUGGUUGUGAUUGGAUCCUUCAUGUGCAACGUCAUUGUAGAUGGAAUCAUAUUCUCGUACGGUCUCUUUCUGCCUGAACUCGCCAAGGACCUCGACGAAUCCAAGGGUCGACUGGCAUGGGUCGGAUCACUUCUGGCCGGUUUCUAUCUCAUUGCAGGUCCCAUUGUAAGUGGAUUGGCGAACACUUAUGGCACUCGACCUGUUACCAUCAUCGGGACUGUGAUAUCGUCUGCGAGUUUUGCAGUAUCCUCCUUUUCUACGUCCAUCGGUCAACUAUGCCUCAGUUUCGGAGUCAUUGGAGGUAUUGGUUUCGGUUUCAUCUACCUUCCAGCUGUGGUGACUGUGGGAUUCUACUUCGAGAGGCGACGGGCACUCGCUACUGGACUAGCAGUGUGUGGAUCGGGUGUGGGAACAUUUGUGAUGGCUCCUUUGGUUCAGUUCCUGCUCAUCCGAUUUGAUUGGAGGGGGACCAUGCUCAUCCUGUCCGCCAUCGUACUGAAUUGUGCUCUCUUCGGGGCCCUCUUUCGACCCCUGCCACCCCCCAAACAAGAGGCACCCACCCACGUCUUCAGGAAGAAAUCCUUUGUUGGUCUGACUGCUGUUCCCCACUCGACGGUCAGCCUUCCCGAGAUGUCAACACUGGGGAAGAAGUUGUACUCGAGCAUUCCAAUCACCGACAACAGUCCUCCUCCUUCUUACAGGGAUGUGGUCGAAGGUGACUGUCCGGGAUCGCUGCAAAAGAUUAAUCACUUAAAAACGAACAUUCGACCUUUCUACCGCCAAGAUAUUCUGUAUAGCGCCAGCCUCUUCCACCUUCCCGAGUUCCAGAAGUCAAAUAACAAUUUAAGCCUAUACGCUGCCAGCGUCACAAAAAUCCCGAUCGAGGAAGAGGGUUGCUUCUCCCUGGCCAUGAAGGACACUUUCAGUCAAAUGCUGGACGUGUCUCUGCUUCGAAGUCCGACCUUCCUGUUGUUGGGAGCUGCCGGAUUUCUGACCCUUGCCGGAUUUUUCAUACCCUUCAUGUUCGUCGUGGACCGAUCUGUGCAGUCUGGCGUCACGCUGGAGGAGGCCACCUACAUCCUGCCUGUCAUAGGCCUCACAAACACGGUGGGGAGAGUAUUCUGUGGAUGGAUAUCGGACAGGCCGUCCCUCAACGCCCUCACCAUCAACAAUGUAGCUCUGGUCAUCGCCGGUCUCAUCACUGCACUCAGCACCUGUCUGGACAACUCUCUGCCACUUCUACUCGCCUAUGGUGCACUCUUCGGAUUUUGUAUAGGCUGUUUUGCCACUCUUCGGUCAAUAGUAAUUGUUGAACUUUUGGGUUUAGAAAAGUUGACAAACGCAUUUGGUCUCCUCUUACUUUUUCAAGGCAUCGCUUCUAUAGUAGGAGCUCCAAUCGCAGGUAUGUUCUAUGACAUGACGGGGAGCUACGACGCACCUUUUUACAUCUCUGGAAUACUCAUUCUCUUGUCUGGCCUGUUAGGCAUACCCUUGCCCUACAUCUCCAGGUGGGAAAAGAGGACAUUCACUUGAACGCAUCACUAAAGUAUCUCAUUUAGA